GCCCCGCCCCCACGGGCGCCUCCUCGCGGACCGUCCGGCGCGUCACGUGACGGGUCGGCAGCGCCGGCGGUUGCUGUCAGCUGAUUCCCCGGGUUGGUGGCAGCCGCAGCGCAGCAGAGGCGAUGGAGUUUCUCCUGGGGAACCCAUUCAGCUCUCCGGUGGGACAGCGCAUCGAGAAAGCUACAGAUGGCUCCCUGCAGAGUGAGGACUGGGCCCUCAACAUGGAGAUCUGCGACAUCAUCAACGAGACCGAGGAAGGUCCCAGAGAUGCCUUCCGAGCAGUGAAGAAGAGAAUCGUGGGGAAUAAGAACUUCCACGAGGUGAUGCUGGCUCUCACGGUCCUGGAAACCUGCGUCAAGAACUGCGGGCACCGCUUCCACGUGCUGGUGGCCAGCCAGGACUUCGUGGAGAGUGUUCUGGUGAGGACCAUCCUGCCCAAGAACAACCCGCCCACCAUCGUGCACGACAAGGUGCUCACCCUCAUCCAGUCCUGGGCUGACGCGUUCCGCAGCUCGCCCGAUUUGACAGGUGUGGUCACUGUCUACGAGGACCUGCGGAGGAAGGGCCUGGAGUUCCCGAUGACCGACCUGGACAUGCUGUCGCCCAUCCACACGCCCCAGAGGACUGUGUUCAGCUCGGAGACACCAUCAGGACAGAAUUCUGUGGGCACUGAUACCAAUCAUCGAGGGGACUCCAGCCAGCACACUACCCCUCUCUCCGCCCCGACCGUGCUCCCCAGCGACACACCCAUAACGCCAACCCCUGAGCAGAUUGGGAAGCUGCGCAGCGAGCUUGAGAUGGUGAGUGGGAACGUGAGGGUGAUGUCAGAGAUGCUGACGGAGCUGGUGCCCACCCAGGCAGAGCCCACAGACCUGGAGCUGCUACAGGAGCUUGACCGGACGUGCCGAGCCAUGCAGCAGCGGGUCCUGGAGCUCAUCCCCCGGAUCGCCGACGAGCAGCUGACAGAGGAGCUGCUUGUCGUCAACGACAAUCUCAACAAUGUGUUCCUGCGCCACGAACGGUUUGAACGGUUCCGAACAGGCCAGACCGCCAAGGCCCCAAGUGAGGCCGAGGCGGCAGCUGACCUGAUGGACAUGGGCACUGACCCAGCAGCCCCCAGCAGCCUCUCAUCCCAGCUGGCGGGAAUGAACCUGGGCUCCAGCAGCGUGAGGGCUGGCCUGCAGUCCCUGGAGGCCUCUGGCCACCUGGAAGACGAGUUUGACAUGUUUGCGCUGACACGGGGCAGCUCGCUGGCUGACCAACGGAAAGAGGUGAAAUAUGAAGACCCGCAAGCAACGGAUGGGCUGGCUGGAGCCCUAGACGCCCGGCAGCAGAACACUGGAGCGAUCCCUGUCACCCAGGCCUGCCUCAUGGAGGACAUCGAGCAGUGGCUGUCUACUGAUGUGGGGAAUGAUGUGGAAGAGCCCAAGGGCGUCACCAGUGAAGAGUUUGACAAGUUCCUGGAAGAACGGGCCAAGGUGGCCGAUCGGUUGCCCGACCUCUCCAGCCCCUCAGCCGAGGGGCCCCCGGGUCCCCCUCCUGGCCCUGCCCCUCGGAAGAAGACCCAGGAGAAAGAUGAUGACACGCUGUUUGCCUUAUGAGUGUGGAGUCUGGCACCCUGCAGCCCAAGCCCCCGCUGCUCCCACAACCCUUGGCUGGGGCCCCUCUCCCUCCUUCGGUGUUCAGGCUGCUUUGAGGGUGGCUUGUUUCCCCUUCUCUCCUCUUCGAGAAUGGGGCCGACCCAGCUGCAGCUGGGCCAGUGGGGAGGCAGCCAGAUGCAUUGGGGGAACAGGUCAGUUCUACAUUGAGAUCCUGGCUGCUCCUGCCUCUUUCCCCACCCCAACCGACCACUACGACUUUGCUGAGACUGAGAGGCCCCAGGACAGACAGGCCAGCUGCUUAGUUGCCCCAGGUGACUCUCCCUGCCCUGGGUGAUCCCCUCCCUGGACCCAUCCCCAGAGGAACCCUCUGCAGAGCCCAUGCUGCCAGUCGAGGCCUGGCUGGAGGCAGCAAAAGCUCUGUCACAGCCUCUGGUCCAUUCCUCUGCUGCUGCUGCCUCCCAGGGCUCGCAGGCUUUGGGCAGCUGUUGGGGGCAGGGUGUGUGGCCCUCUGCUGAGCUGCACGUUGUCCGGGUACGAAGCUGCACAUGGUUGGGGCGAGACCGCAGCAGCCCCAGGCUGCCAGGGGAGGCUCCCGGGAUGCCUGGAGCACCUGUGGCCCCACCACCUCCUCCACUGCCUUCACCUCCGUCCUUCCUCUGUUCCUCCCAGGCAGGGCUCCCUCCGAGCACUGAGCCCACCCACCUGCUGGUGAUCUUGUGCUGGGAGAGGUGCCGUUUGUAUCCCCAAAUAAAGGUGGAAAACCACCCUGCUAGCAGCGUUGU